UCUCCAAUCAUAUUCGUUUCCCUUGAUGCUUCGUUUCUCCGUCCGCAUUCCCAGCCUCCUGUGACUACGUGUGCAACGCCACUGGGGCAGGCUCCCGAGACUCCAUGUGUCGCGAACGUGUUGGACCAUGGUUUUUCCUCAUGUCGAGCCUUUUCUUGGACUCUUCUCCCGCCUAGGCGUUUCGUUGGCAUACUGUAUAAAACUACCUCAAAUGCCCUCACCUGCAUUUUCUUCCCCAGGCAGGCCCGUCAAUCCCAUCAUUCACACAUACAGUUUCACACCUUAUACUUCGAUUCUAAUUCUUUCUAUUCAAUUUACCCAAUCGAGCUAGUCUCUUUCUCCACACAACCAAUCAUAAUGCGUUUCUCCAUCUUCACUGCUGCCACCGCUCUGGUGAGCUCCGUCUACGCCGCCGAUCAUCUCGUCGUUGUCGGUAACGGUUCCCUUACAUUCGAGCCAAACAACGUCAAAGCCGUCGUUGGCGACACCGUUACCUUCAAGUUCUGGCCCAAGAACCACUCCGUGGCACAGGCAGCUUUCGCCAAACCUUGCGAGCCUUUGGCCAACGGUUUCUGGUCUGGCUUCAUCCCCAGCACCCAGAAGGCCGCAGCGACAACCUUCACAUAUGAGGUCAAGAAUGCCAGUGCCCCCAUCUGGUUUUACUGCACCCAGGGUUCGCAUUGUCAGGGCGGUAUGGUGGGCGCCAUCAACGCACCUACCUCUGGAAACACUGUCGAGAAGUUCAUCGAGGCUUCCAAGAACGCCUCCGACAACGUUUCUCCCACAUCGACUGCUGGUUCCGGUGGUUCCCUUGCAUCCAACGGCUCUGCUGCCGGAGGUGGCGCUAGCGGAAACGGAACCGGUCCCGCCGAGAACACAAACGGCGCUGCUACUCUCCAGUACAGCUCGGCCUUUGCCGGAGCUAUGGGUAUGUUCGCAUACCUCCUGAUCUAA